AUGAAGGACAUUGCGUUUUUCUUCCUGCCCGCUGGGAUCGGGCUGUCGUGCCUGUUGUUGAGUGGCGUGGCUCUCUUCCAGCGCAUGGCGAUAUCCAUUCAAAAAAGGAGCAUCAAUUUUCAAAUGUACAAAUACCAGAUCAACGUGUCCGUGUCAUCCCUAAUUUCGUUCUAUGCGUUGCUGCGUUUGGCCUUUACCAUUUUCGAGCUGAAGAAGCACAACGAUGAUAAGGAGAGUUUUUUUGACCCUUCCGUGCAUAUCCCCCAUGUGCACAGGGCGUACCUCAAAAAGAUGAGACUCCAGAGGAACUUUUGGAUCCUGCUACUGUGUUCCAUUGCAUGGGUAUUCUACAUUCGCUUCACGUAUUUAAUUUUGUAUUAUCGGGAGAAGGUUAAGAAGAGUGAUGAAGAAUAUGAAGCUGUCAUGGUGGUGAAGGGUACGCUGAACAAGUGCACUCAGAAGGUAUCACAGAAGGAGGGGGACAAAGUGAAGUACAGCGAGAGGUCUAGAGAGGAAGACGAAAUGUCAUCCAGUGAUAUUACCACCGACGGGAAUGCCAACGCGUCGGAGAAGUCGUCCAUACUGGAGGAUGGCCAGCGGAAGAACCCUGGCGUGCGGCAGCGCCGGUGA